AGGCAGACAGUGGGAGCAAGGCUAAGGGGCUGAGAGAAGAUAGCCUCUGUGUCAUAGUGGACUACAGUAUAUAUACUGGGCUAGUGGUCAGAGACGGGCAAACACAGACCAAGGCAGCAGUGGACAUUUUGUGCCUAUCCUCAGCAACAUCAUGUCUCAGCCAGGUGAAGUGAAGAAGAAGAAGCGUCCAGUGAUGAAGGCAGAGGACCUCAAAGGGGCCCGCAGCAAACUGGGACUCAAAGGGGAAGUGAAGAGCAAGACCUAUGAGGUCAUGGUCGAAUGUGAGCGUAUGGGAAAGACGGCGCCUUCGGUGUUCAGUGGUGUCCGGUCUGGAGCUGAGACCUCCAUUGAGAAGCCCAAACCCCCAGCAACCAGCGUCUUUGGCAAAUAGACCCUGCCCAGCGACCAGGCCCCAAGGAAAGACAACGGAACUUAAUCUAUCUGUUUGCAAAUGUUUAGCAGCUAGUAUGUGAAUGAAAAUACUCAGAGUACUCAAGCACAAUGCAGCCAUUUAACAAUUUCAGCACUGAAAUUGUGACUAAUGGAGGAAUUCUGUCCAUGCUUAUAAAGUGAUAUUUAGUUGUUUUGAUAAAUAAGUGCCUUUUAUAUUGACAUAACCAAAUUGUAACAUUUUACGACAAUUUCUGAUGUUUUUGUAAGUGUUUAGAUUACAGUCUUACUUUUAAA